AUGGAGUCCACUUUAGGUUGGUCAGUCCAAGAUUGGUUGAGUUUCCAUUCCAAAUCAACCCCAACUAAGUCAUUAGAAUUGCUUGAAAACUUGUUGAAGUCCCAAAAGCCAGCACCAGAGGACCCUGCUUGGAUUUCUUUAAUCCCUGUGGAAGAUCUUCAUCAUCAAUGGAAUAUCUUACAGUCAAAAUCCAACAAAGAAGAAUUACCUCUUUAUGGUGUUCCAAUUGCGGUGAAGGAUAACAUCGAUUACAAAGGAUUACCUACUACUGCAGCUUGUCCUUCAUAUUUAUAUCAACCAACAAGAGAUUCAUAUGUAGUCGAAUUGUUGAGGGAUGCAGGUGCCGUCGUGAUAGGUAAGACCAAUUUGGAUCAAUUCGCUACUGGUUUAGUUGGUACCAGGUCACCAUAUGGCAAAACACCAUGUGUUUUCAACGAUAAAUACGUAAGUGGUGGAUCAUCUGCCGGAUCUGCUUCUGUUGUUGGCCGUGGUAUAGUGCCAUUAUCUUUAGGUACUGAUACUGCAGGCUCCGGUAGAGUACCAGCUGCAUUGAACAAUUUGAUCGGUUUGAAACCUACUAAAGGUGCUUUCUCUUGUAGAGGUGUGGUACCAGCCUGUAAAUCUUUAGACUGUGUUUCAGUGUUUGCAUUGAAUUUGAGCGAUGCAGAAAUUGCAUUCAAAGUUAUGAACAAACCAGAUUUACUAGAAGAUGAGUACUCAAGAGAAUUCCCUAAGAAUCCUAUUUCUCAAUACCCAAAGGAUUUGACAAUUGCAAUUCCAAAAGAGGUACCUUGGUUUGGUGAAACAGAGAAUCCAAAAUUAUACACCAAGGCUGUGGCAAGUCUGAAAAAUACUGGUGCUAAGAUCGUGGUAGUCGAUUUUGAACCACUAUUGGAACUAGCACGUUGUCUAUACGAAGGUGCAUGGGUAGCAGAACGUUACUGUGCUACUAGGGAUUUCUUAGCCACUAAUCCACCAGAAUCAUCACUUGAUGAAACUGUCGUGAAUAUCAUCAAAGGUGCAGUGAAAUUCGAUGCCGCUGAUGCAUUCAAAUUUGAAUACAAGAGACAAGGUAUCUUACAAAAAGUUAAUUUAUUAUUGAAAGACAUUGAUGUUUUAUGUGUUCCGACCUGUCCGUUGAAUCCCAAACUAGAAGAAGUUGCACAAGAACCCGUACUUGUGAAUUCAAGACAGGGUACAUGGACAAAUUUCGUCAACCUAGCAGACCUAGCUGCUUUAGCAGUUCCUUCUGGUUUCAGAUCAGAUGGUUUACCAAAUGGUAUCACUUUGAUAGGUAAAAAGUUCUCGGACUAUGCUCUUUUAGAUUUGGCUAAGAGGUUCUUCUCAGUUGCAUUCCCUAAUAACUCAAGAACGUAUGGUAAGUUUGUCGAUAGAAGAAUUACCGUUGAAGAUGAAUUAGAUGGUCCUUCUAAAGAUACUUUGAAUGGUGUCAAACUAGCAGUCGUUGGCGCACACUUGAAAGGCCUGCCAUUGCACUGGCAAUUACAAAAGUGCAACGCAACAUACCUCUCAUCUCCGAAAACUUCAAAUAACUACAAAUUAUAUGCCUUGCCAAAAGUUGGACCUGUUCUAAAACCAGGUCUUAGACGAGUCAACGAUGGAACAGGAUCACAAAUUCAACUUGAAGUUUAUUCUGUACCAUAUGAUAGAUUUGGAGAUUUUAUUGCCAUGGUACCUGAACCUUUGGGUAUUGGUUCUGUCGAACUAGAAUCAGGUGAAUGGGUAAAAUCCUUCAUAUGCGAGGAGUUCGGUUACACUCAACAAGGAACAGUUGAUAUCACAAAGUUCGGCGGAUUCAAACCAUACAUUGAGCAUAUUCAGGUAACUGAAGCUCAAAAGAAGAAACCAUUCGAAACUGUUUUGAUCGCCAACAGAGGAGAAAUUGCAGUUCGUAUCAUGAAAACCCUAAAAAGGAUGGGUAUUAAAUCGGUGGCGGUUUACUCUGACCCUGAUAAAUACUCGCAACAUGUUACUGAUGCAGAUUUUUCUGUGGCACUGCAUGGUAGAACAGCAGCAGAAACAUAUUUGGAUAUUGAUAAGAUCAUCAACGCCGCAAAGAAGACUGGCGCACAAGCUAUCAUUCCUGGUUAUGGAUUCCUAUCUGAAAAUGCUGAUUUCUCGGAUAGAUGUAGUCAAGAGAACAUUGUGUUUGUAGGACCUUCUGGUGAUGCCAUUAGGAAACUUGGUUUGAAGCAUUCUGCCAGAGAAAUUGCCGAACGCGCUAAAGUGCCUUUGGUUCCUGGAUCUGGCCUUAUCAAGGAUGCAAAGGAAGCCAAAGAAGUCGCCAAAAAACUAGAAUACCCUGUUAUGGUAAAAUCUACCGCAGGUGGUGGUGGUAUCGGUUUACAAAAGGUUGAUAGUGAGGAUGACAUCGAACGGGUAUUUGAGACUGUCCAACACCAAGGUAAAUCAUAUUUCGGUGACGCUGGUGUUUUCAUGGAACGUUUUGUGAACAAUGCAAGACACGUUGAAAUCCAGAUGAUGGGGGAUGGUUUUGGUAAGGCCAUUGCAAUUGGGGAACGUGACUGUUCUUUACAGCGUCGUAAUCAAAAAGUCAUUGAAGAGACUCCCGCACCAAAUUUACCUGAAGCAACCAGAGCUAAAAUGAGAGCGGCCUCGGAACGUUUAGGAUCUCUAUUAAAGUAUAAAUGUGCUGGUACCGUCGAGUUUAUUUAUGAUGAACAACGAGAUGAAUUUUACUUCCUAGAAGUGAACGCCAGAUUACAGGUCGAGCAUCCGAUUACCGAAAUGGUGACCGGCUUAGAUUUGGUGGAAUGGAUGUUGAGAAUAGCAGCAAAUGACUCUCCAGAUUUUGAUAAUACCAAGAUCGAGGUUUCAGGUGCAUCAAUUGAAGCUCGUCUAUAUGCUGAAAAUCCAGUAAAAGAUUUUAGACCAUCUCCUGGUCAAUUGACUUCUGUCUCAUUUCCAUCAUGGGCAAGAGUUGACACUUGGGUAAAGAAAGGUACUAAUGUGUCAGCCGAAUAUGAUCCAACACUAGCUAAGAUUAUUGUUCACGGGAAGGACCGUAACGAUGCCAUCAUGAAGUUAAAUCAAGCUUUAAAUGAAACUGCUGUUUACGGAUGUAUUACGAAUAUCGAUUACUUGAGAUCUAUUGCAUCGUCAAAAAUGUUCAAAGAAGCAAAGGUUGCUACGAAGGUUUUGGAUUCUUUUGAUUAUAAGCCAUGCGCAUUUGAAGUGUUGGCACCUGGUGCGAACACUUCUGUUCAGGAUUAUCCAGGGAGAACAGGAUACUGGAGAAUCGGUGUUCCUCCAUCAGGUCCAAUGGAUUCUUAUUCUUUUAGAUUGGCUAAUAGGGUUGUUGGCAAUAACUCAAAAUCCCCUGCUCUUGAAAUCACUUUGAAUGGUCCAAAGCUAUUAUUCCACACGGAAACUGUGAUUGCCGUAUCUGGUGGUACUGUCUCUUGUACAUUAAACGACGCUCAAAUUGCACAGAAUGAACCAAUAGAAGUUAAACGCGGUGAUAUUUUGUCAGUUGGAAAAGUCACUGUGGGAUGCAGAGCGUAUUUGUCAAUAAGAGGAGGGAUUGAUGUUCCUGAAUAUCUUGGCUCAAGAUCAACGUUUGCAAUGGGAAACAUGGGAGGUUACAAUGGAAGAAUUUUGAAACUAGGUGACGUUCUAUUCUUAAACCAACCAGAGUUAUCUGUUUCCUCAUUACCAGCUCCCGAUUUCGAACCGCAAGCAGCUCCGAAGUCAUUAUUGCCAACGCUUUCGACGAAUAAAGACUGGAAAAUUGGUGUCACAUGUGGUCCUCAUGGAUCCAUUGACCUUUUCAAAGAAGAAUACAUUGAGCAAUUCUUUAACGACAAAUGGAAAGUUCAUUAUAACUCCAACAGAUUUGGUGUCAGAUUAAUUGGGCCUAAACCUAAAUGGGCAAGAUCGGAUGGUGGUGAAGCAGGUUUACAUCCAUCUAACGCGCAUGAUUAUGUGUAUUCUUUAGGUGCGAUCAAUUUUACUGGUGACGAACCUGUUAUUAUUACUUGUGAUGGACCGUCAUUAGGAGGGUUUGUGUGUCAAGCCGUUGUGGCUGAAGCUGAACUGUGGAAAGUUGGUCAACUGACUCCAGGUGAUACUAUUCAGUUUGUACCACUUUCCUAUGGCGUUGCAAGGCAGUUAAAAGAGUCACAAGACAAGUCCAUUGACAAUUUUGAAGAAGGAUCUUUACUUGAAUUAUCUGAUGACAAGAUCCUACCAAAGUAUGAAAAUCCUAUCUUGGCUGUUUUACCUAAGAAGAGCGACCUUUCACCUAAAGUUACUUAUCGUCAAGCUGGUGACAGAUAUAUUUUAGUGGAAUACGGUGAAUUGGAAUUUGACUUGAAUAUUUGUUACAGGAUCAAUCGUUUGAUUCAUCAAGUUGAAAGACACCAGACAGUCGGUAUUGUUGAAAUGUCACAGGGUGUAAGAUCUGUUUUGAUCGAGUUUGAUGGCUCCAAAAUAAAUCAAAAGGCGUUAUUGAAGUGCUUGAUUGCUUAUGAAUCAGAAAUUCAAUUUGAUAAGAACUGGAACGUGAAAUCAAAGAUAUUCAAGUUGCCUAUGGCGUUCGAGGACUCUAAAACUUUGGACUGUGUAACUCGUUACAGAGAGACUAUUCGUUCUGAGGCACCAUGGUUACCAAAUAAUGUUGAUUUCAUUGCUGAUGUCAAUGAUAUUGACAGAAACGAUGUUAAGAACAUGCUCUACUCUGCAAAAUUCAUGGUUUUGGGAUUGGGAGAUGUGUUUUUGGGUUCGCCAUGUGCAGUUCCAUUGGACCCUCGUCACAGAUAUCUUGGUACGAAAUACAAUCCAUCGAGAACUUAUACCGCUAGAGGUGUCGUGGGGAUUGGUGGGAUGUAUAUGUGUAUCUAUAACGCUGAAGGCUCCCCAGGUGGUUACCAGUUGGUAGGUAGAACAAUAACUGCCUGGGAUAAACUAGUUAUCGGCGAUCAUCCUAUUGACCAUCCAUGGCUCUUGACUCCAUUUGAUCAAGUCGAAUUCUAUCCGGUAACGGAGGAAGAACUUGAAGUAAUUAUCGAAGAUAACGAUAAUGGGAAAUUCAAAAUAGAUGUUGAAGAAUCCAUUUUUGAUCACAAGGAAUAUUUAGCCUGGAUAAAUGAAAACAUCGAUUCUAUCGUUGCAUUCCAAGAAGCUCAAGGCGGCGAAAAGGCAGAUGAAUUCGCUAGAUUGAUUCAAGUUGCUAAUGCUGAAUUGAAAAAAAGUGGCGAUGACAAACCUCAAGAUGUUGAAGAAUAUCCUGAUGAUGCCGAAUUGCUAUAUUCUGAAUAUACAGGUAGGUUCUGGAAACCAGUGGCAGCAGUUGGUGAUCAUGUAGAGGCAGGAGACGGUGUCAUUAUAAUUGAAGCAAUGAAAACUGAAAUGGUUGUCGGUGCUACUAAAUCUGGUAAAGUCUACAAGAUCCUUCACAAGAACGGUGACAUGGUUGAAGCCGGUGACCUUGUUGCAGUGAUUGUCUAA